GAUUCAGGAGGCAGAAGCCAGGAGAGGAAGGCAGCCUGCAAGAGAGAUUUGUACGCCCACCAAGAUGCCUGAGACAUCUCUUCCAGUCUAUGUCCUCUGCCUACUCACCUUGUCCUCAGCUUGCUACAUCCAGAACUGCCCUCGGGGAGGAAAGAGAGCAUUCCCAGACACAGAAAUCAGACAGUGCAUCCCCUGUGGUCCUGGAAAGAAAGGAAACUGCUUUGGCCCCAACAUCUGCUGCGGAGAAGAAUUUGGCUGCUACUUUGGCACCCCGGAAACUCUGCGCUGCCAGGAGGAAAAUUACCUGCCUUCGCCCUGCGAGGCCGGAGGGAAGCCCUGCAGCGCAGGAGGGAGGUGUGCAGCAUCAGGCAUAUGCUGCAAUGACGAGGGUUGCACCACAGAUGCAGCGUGCAUGGAUGAAAACAGCGGCAGGAGUCGAAUGCCCUCUGAAAGGAACCUAACUUUGCUGGACAGCUCGGCAGGGGAUCUCCUCCUCAAACUGAUGCACAUGGCGAAUGCAAACAGGCAGCAACAGGGGAAGCAGCAGUUUUACUGAAGCCCAUGGGGAGGCAGCCCCCAGAACACCGGUUCUCCAACUUAUCUUUCAGAACGCCCUCAGAAAAAGAAGAAUCCGAAGAAUACCCUAAGUAGCAUAAAGAAGAAAUAAAAAAUUGGGAGACGGAAAUGUAAAUACACAGCAAAUAAUAAAAGUCUU